AUGCAUUCUCGGACCUACCUCUUCGCUCUAUGCCAACUAGCAUGGCAAAUUGGCACUGCCACAGCCUCUCCAUACCAGAGCCGUGUCCAGGAAACUGGUACAGUCUUCCCAGCACCCGCUGAAUUCGGGACUUGGCAGAUGGUCUCGUACACGGAAGACUUUGGCGAUGAUAUCUUCGACGAUUUCACCUACACCGUGCCCGCCCUCGCCUACAUCCAAACCAUCGGUACAAGCUCCGGCGACGUCCGUGUCCAAAUCGCUCCAAAUGGAUACUCGUAUGUCGCCCUCGACGAGACAUCCGCUAUAUCGCUGCAGAAUAACGGUGUCUGGGAACUGGCUGAUUAUGACAACGACGGAACACUGGAUCUGAUCUACAUUCAAAACCGAAACACGGACUCCGGAAAGGUGGAAAUCACCGUUGCUUCUGGUGCGUCGAAGUUCCAGUCGUAUCUCCUGCAGAAUGUACAGACUGUGUUUGACGUGCAGAUCAACGGCUGCUGGCAGAUGGUUGAUGUCGACGGUGAUGGGACUCUCGAUCUUGUUUACAUCCAGACCAGUAACACGGAAUCUAAUUACGCCGAGGUCUUUGUCGCAUCCGGAGCUUCGAGCUACUCAACGCUUACUAGCAAGACUGUGUCGAGUCUCUCUAUCAGCAAUGAUGGUACCUGGCAGCUGGCGAAUUGGAACAUGGCUGGAUCUUAUGAUUUGGUUUUCAUUCAGAACAUGAAUACUGCAUCUGGUUAUGUUGAGGUGAAUGUUGCUUCGGCUGCGUCUGGGUACCAGACUAUUAUUCAGAGUGUGUCUACUACCUUCUCGGUUGAGAAUAAUGGUACAUGGAUGAUGUAUGAUUGGGAUGGUGAUAGUAUCCUGGAUUUGAUUUAUAUCAAACAGGAUGAUACUCCUGGUACCGUUGAGGUCCACGUUGCCGUUGGUUCAAGCUAG